AUGAGAACCAAAAUGGCUUCUGCUUCAGCUAUUUCUUGGAGAGAUAGCGCAAAUGAAAAUCAUAUCAGAAUUUAUUACUUUAGAAAUGGAAAUAUUGAAGAAAAAUGCUGGGACGGCUACUGAUAUCCAGGAGCAUUUGCUUUUCCAGGAGAGACUAUAUCAGCUACUUCAUGAAGUAUGGGAGAUAGAAUUUGCAUUAGAGUUUAUGUAGGAAAUGGCUCGCUUAUUAAUGAAUAUUGCUGGGAUGGAGAAGAAUGAUAUCAAGGAUCAUUUACUGCAGAAGGGGUUUCUUCGACAGCUGUUAGCUGGCUAGAUGACGGAAUUCCAAAAAUUAAAGUUUAUGUGAGUGAUGAGGACAGAACAAUAUCAGAGUAUUCUUAUGAGAAUGGAUGGGAACUGAGCAAUGAUUUAGGGGUUUAA